AUGGAGCCAGGAGAGGGCACAGGACUGUGCAGCACCUCUCACCCCCUGGCUGUCCCACAGCAGUGGCCGCUGGAAGCCAGCCCAGUCCUGAAGACAUCUCCCAGCUCCAAGUGCGCAGGGACAGAAUGCGGCGGCGGCAGCGAGACCUGGGGGUCAGGGAGGGGUGCUGGCCCUGUGUCCCCCUUCGCUGCAGGAGGUCUUUGGCCCCAGGAAGCUGCCCACCGGCCAUGGGGCUGCCAGGAGGGACCCGCUUGCCAAGAGCCCUUCCCACACACCAGAGCUGCUGGUGUGAGAGGCUGGAGGGCUCGGGGGGAUACCAAGAGGCUGGGGGGCUCGGGGGGAUACCAAGGAUGGGUGAUCCUGGGGUUGGACACGUGGGAGCUGCCGCCACAACCUCCCCAGCUGCUGCCCCGGCAGAGCAAUGUCACCGUGCCCCAGGGGAUGGAGAACGUGGUGACCAUGCCAGUGAUGAAGAAGGAGGAGGCAAAGCUGGGAGUGGGGCUGGAGCCUUCCAGAUCUACCCAGCUUGAGGAGAUUGAGAACCUGCUGGCUAGCAAUGACCAGGAGCUCAUUGGGGACUUCUCCAAGCCUCAUCUCCUGCCGACAGUGGAGGGGAAGGACCCGGGCCUGAAGCACAUCUCUCCUGGCACGCUGGCGGUGGUGCUGACGGGGCACUUCAGCAGCUUUGUCAAGAGCAGCACGGUGGUGGAUUGCCGGUACCCCUAUGAGUACGAGGGCGGCCACGUCGAGAAAAUGAAAUGGGAAGCAGAGGGGAAAAAGGUUCCCCCUGUCCCUCCCCGGGGCGCUGUCAACUUGCCGCUACAGCGGGACGUGGAGGAAUUGCUCCUGGAGCAUCCCAUCGUGCCCCUGGACGCCUGCAAGAGGGUGAUCAUCAUUUUCCACUGCGAGAUCUCUGUUGAGCAGGGCCCCAGAAUGUGAGUAAUGGGAUGGGGGGGCCACACUGGGGUCUGCCAGCCCCCCAGGCACGCCCGGAUCCCUGCACAUGGCUGAUUCCAUGGCCUUUCCCUGUGGUACAUGUGCAAAUUCCUGCGGGAGAGGGAUCGGUCCUGCCACAAGUACCCGCAGCUGCAGUACCCCGAGCUCUACGUCUUGAGCGGGGGGUACCGCGAGUUCUCCUUCCAGUUCCCGGUGUCCCCUCGGUGUAGGAGGGCAGG